AUGCUCGGCCAAUCAGUCGUUUUCAAUCCAAUCUCAUCGAGCAACGAAUUCCCAAGUGAAAAGAUCAAGAAUUCAAUUUUUGAUUUACCCCUUGUUCCUCUAGUUAUGUAUACAGUCCGGCCACUCUUUAAACCCGCCGCUCCAGCCCCCUUAGCCAUGACGACGGUACCUUUUCGCUUUAGAUAUCUCUCCUACACAGACAGCGGAAGAAGUGCCAGACAAAUUUGUCCCUCCGCAUGGCUGACUGGCAGACUCGUUUGGAUGGCCCUACCCGGGUGGGCAGUUUGCGAGGUGUAUCGAUGA